CCCUUCCCCCGCUCCUGGCCGCGUUAAUUAAUCAUUGACAGCCGCGCGGGCACGGCCAAGGUCCGGCCUGAGCUGCCCAGUCCCGCGUCCGCAGCGCUCCGGGUUCGGCUCCCGCGUCCGCUGCCGGUUCGGCUCCCGCGUCCGCAGCACUCCCGGUUCGGCUCCCGCGUCCGCUGCCGGUUCGGCUCCCGGGUCCGCUCCCGGGUCGGCUCCGGCGUCCGCUGCCGGUUCGGCUCCCAGUCUCUUCCCGGUGCCGGCGCGCGAGGAUGUGGCUGUACCUGGCAGCGGUGCUGGUGGGGCUGUUCCUGCUGCGGCGAUGGCACCGGGAGCGGCAGAUGGUGCCGGGGCUCUCCGAGAAGUACGUGCUGAUCACGGGCUGCGACAGCGGCUUCGGGCACCUGCUGGCCCAGCAGCUGGACGCGCGUGGGCUGCGGGUGCUGGCCGCCUGCCUGACCGAGGCCGGGGCUGCGCGGCUGCGGGCGGCCACCUCGCCGCGCCUGCAGACCCUCCUGCUGGACGUCACCUCCAGCCAGAGCAUCGCCACCGCCGCCGCCUGGGUCCGGGAGCGUGUGGGUGACCAAGGGCUCUGGGGGCUGGUGAACAAUGCAGGCAUCGCCAUCCCCAUCGCCCCGAAUGAGUGGCUGACCAAGGACGACUUCGUCAGGGUGCUGGAUGUCAACCUGGUUGGCCUCAUUGAGGUGACGCUGAGCCUCCUGCCCCUGGUGCGGCGGGCGCGGGGCCGGGUGGUCAACGUGGCCAGCAUCCUGGGCCGUAUCUCCUGUUUCGGUGGGGGGUACUGCAUCUCCAAGUUUGGUGUGGAGGCCUUCUCCGACAGUCUCCGGCUUGAGAUGCACAACUUCGGGGUGAAGGUCAGCAUAAUUGAGCCAGGCUACUUCAAGACGAUGAUCACCAACGUCGAGAACCUGGAGAAGAGUUUUAUUUCUACCUGGGAGAAGCUCCCAGAGGAAAUGAAAGCGAGUUAUGGGGAGAAUUACUUGAAGAAGUUUUCAGUAGCGCUCAGGAACAUACAGAAGAAAUACAGCUCCAACCUGAGGCUGGUCACGGACUGCAUGGAGCACGCGCUGACCAGCUGCCACCCUCGCACCCGCUACUCGGCAGGCUGGGACGCUAAGCUGCUCUACAUCCCCCUCAGCUACCUGCCCUCCGCCCUCACCGACGUUGUCCUCACCUGGUCCUACCCCAGGCCUGCCCGGGAUGCCUGAGGCAGGGAUGCGGGGCAGGCAGCCGACAGGCAGCGGCAGCCGGGGCCGGCAGCGCAGGAUGGGACCCAGCACUGCCGCAGCCGAGACUGUGCCAAUAGUUUCCUGAAUUUCGAACUCAGUGUACACCUCACAGCCCGCUGUCCUCUGCUAGCAGAGCCGUUUGCUUCUGAAUAAAGACAAUUCCUCCUCCCCA